AUAUUACAGAAAAAAGUUGUUCUCCGAAGCAAAGGAAGCUGGCUAUUUUGAAUACUAUAACGCCGGGCAAACAGUAGCCUAUGUGCGAGAGCAGAGAGCGAAUGAAACUGCCUUGCUGUGCAUCACCUUCACCAGUGCAUCACGAUGCAAGGCAACGCGUGGUGUGCACGUCACGGUCCGCUUGUGAUGUAAGAUGGGCUAUAAUACGACGGGCCGGCGUGGAAGUCUUACAUCUGCCACAUGGUUUUACACGGGCCGGAGAUUAACACAUAUCCACUGUUGCAUUAGGCCCUCAAGAAACACGAUCUCGUCAUAACCGUAAAUGACAUUAUCAGCUUACAGUUCAUCCGAUUAGGUUGUGUACUGGCUGUCUGGACCGAUUAGUCAAGUCAAACAAGAACUAUAGUCUGACCUUAUACAACCCAUAACAUGCCAGGUACUCCUGCCACUUCUUCGCCUGGCAAUGGGCACGAGGAAUUAGAUUCAAACAGGCCUGAAAAUGUGAGUCUCAAGAAACGAACAAUUGCCUUAGAAGAAAAAGUUCAUCGCGUAGAGAUCGCGUUGCAGGAGACCCAGAGCCGUUUAUGUGGGGUGGAAGAGUCCCUCCACAAGGCUCUGCAUACAAUGUUUCCGCGUGUGGAGGCGUUGCUCGCGGGCCUGGAAGGCCGCCAGCCUUCACCCCAGUUUGCAGAUCCCCUCUGCCCCAGUGCUCCACUAGCCGAGAUGCAAGCUGGAGAGAACGACUUUCCAGAUGCAGAAGACGAAGAGGAUAAUGCUUUGCCUUUUGAAGAAGAGAUAGGAGAGGAAGAUGUUGCUAAUGAAGAGAGCAAUGAGAGUGACUUAGAAGUCCAUUCAGAUUGCAAUACAUCUGAUGAGAAGAGUCAUGAAGAAGUUGCAACGUUGCCCACAGCUAACAGCAGAUUAAGCGCCCUGUGGCAGUGGCUAACUGGGGGUCCGUGGACUAUGGGUUUCACUCCUUCAGCAGAGCAGGAGCAGUUGGCUGCCCUGACUCUCCACGAGGCAGCAGCUGUUGGAGAUGCGAGAACACUGAAACAACUGCUAGCUUCUGGUGUUGACCCCAGCUCACGUGAUCACAAUGGCAACUGCCCCUUGCACCUUUCCGCAUUGCAAGGCAACCUUGCAACAACAGCUACACUUCUGCAGGCCAGUGCUCAGGUGGGGGCGUGUGGUUAUCUUCUCCAAACACCAUUGCACUGUGCUGCUCGUGAAGGUCAUCUACAAAUAGUGGAAGCUUUGCUGUCCGCAGGAGCUCCAGUCAACAGUCAGGACAGCAGUGGAGAAACUGCUUUGACAUUGGCAGUUGCGAAUGGACAUGAAGAUAUAGCAGAUCUCUUGCUCGAGUAUGGAGCUUCCUGUGAUAUUGCUAACCUUGAGGGGAAAACCCCUUUGUUACUGGCUGUCUCUGGGGGACACUCCUCAAUGGUUGAAAUGUUGUUGCUUGAUGGUGCCUCUUAUAACUCCACUGAUUUGGAAGGCCAAUCACCACUUUUACUGGCAGUUCUUUCAGGGAAAAAAGACAUUGUAAGACAGUUAUUAGAGGCUGGUGCUUGUCAGUUUAAAAAGUAUAAGAGAAAUGAUGAAGAACAAACUCUAUUGCAGAUAGCAGUUUCAGCAGAGCAUCCAGAAGUUGUCAAAUUACUGAUAGAACACGGUGCUUGUCAUGAUAAUUACAAAUCAUUAAUGGAUGCGAGGCAAAAACCUCUUGUGAUAGCUGCCCGAAAUGGGAAUCUGGAGCUUGUCAAACUUCUUUUGCAUUGCCGGAUUGCUGAAAUAACAACUCCAUCUUUAUUAAGGAAGUAUCAGGUUUUCUCAACUUUGAAAGAUCUACUUUAUGCUCUCUACCACCAACUAGGAAAAGUACCAUUGUAUUUAGUUUAUAGAGUGCUGGGUAUCUCAUGCCCAGAUUCAGUUGGUAGGUUUAAUGCCCUACAUUUUGCUGCUGCUAUGGGCCAUCCGAGAAUUGUAGAACUUCUGUUGGAAGUUGACCCAGCUCUUUGGAAAGAGAAAAAACCUAUUUUGAUUGCAGCUGCAAAGUCAGGACAGGAUGAAGUCAUCAAAUGCCUCUUGAGGCACAGGAUGAGGUGGAAUGAGGAGUGUUUGACUGCAGCUUUGUGUGUAGCAAAGAAUGCUGCCACAGUUUGGGCUUUGGCAGAUGCCAGGCCUGAAGUUUUGCUUAGUCCAUCUGGGGGAGAUGCAUUAUUUUGGGCUUUGAGGGACCGGCGAAUGGAAGCUCUUCGCACUUUGUUGGAUAUUGGAGUGAGUCCCAACGUAUGUGGGGAAAACGGAAAGAACACGUUGCAUGAAGCAGCUUCAGAGGGUGACCUGAACUUGAUUUCCAUGCUCAUUGAACGCGGUGGAGACACUAAUUGUAGAGAUGUUAAUGGAAAAACAUCUUUACAUUAUGCUGCUAUGUCUGGUGAUAUUAGUUGCAUUGCUAAACUUAUAGAAUGUGGAGCAGAUCUAGCUAGUGUCACUGAUAAUUUGGAGACUGUUCUUCACACAGCUGCCCACUAUGGCCAGAGGCAAGCACUGGAAAUGUUUGUGGGAUGGGACCUAAAUGUCGAUGCUGUUGAUUGUAACGGAUGGCCUCCACUUUUCCAUGCUGUGGAUAAUGGCCAUGUAAGUUGUGUUAGAACACUUAUAGAUCUGGGUACUAAUGUAAAUGUUCAGGAUAAAAGAGGACAGACAGCUCUUCAUUGUGCAACCAGAAGUUCAGACGGUUUGUGCCUUUCUAUCCUUUUAGAACGGGUUGCGGAUGUCAACCAAAAGGACCACAAAGGCAAUACCCCACUUCACAUUGCAGCAAAGAAUGGGGAUUCUUCAACAGCUUUGGUUUUGUUGCAAUGUGGAGCUGAUGCUAAUAUAGCAGAUAGUAAUGGUAAAGCUCCUCUUCAUUUAGCUGUGAAAUCUGGUCAUGUGAAUUGUACAUCACUACUACUUCAAAGAGGGGCAGAUCCAAGUUGUGAAGACGAGUCUGGUUGUACUCCAUUGAUGGUGGCAUUGGAAUGUAAUCACAGAGAAAUUGUAGAACUUCUCUGCUCAGUUGGGGCCUGGUAGUUUGUUUUACAUAAUAGAUAUUGUAUGAUAAAUAUUGUUUUAUCUGCACUGUAUUUGUGUCUGAUUUUAUACUGUUCCGGAAUGGUUGUUUUUUGAUAUAUCUUUGACAUAAAUGUUAUAUAAGGAAAUAGCUAAUGGACAUAAAAUGUUCUGUUCAUGAUUUAUGAAAACAUACAUUUAAAAAAUCGAAGUAUUAAUAGUUUUUGUUUAGGUCCAAUAUUUCUGAUUCUUUCUAUUUCACUACUUUUCAUACGUUUCAGCUUAUGUUGACAGAAGCCUUAUCUAUAGUUGACUUUUAGUUAGAAUUAUAAUAAUGAUUUCCAAAAAUUGUGAAAUUGAAGGACUAAAUGGUGAACUAGGUUGAAGUAAUUCGAAAUGAUGAGGAAGAAUUUUCCAGUUUUCUCCAGUUUACAUGCUGAAAAAUCUAAGAAAUUGUGUUGUUAAUAUCUUAAAUUGAAUAAAACAAUUGCAAAGUAUCUGCUGACUAAAUUGAAAAGUUGUCAUUGACUGUAUUUAUUUUUACCAAUGAACUGUUACUCGAUGUAAACUUUAUUCUUUCUUUUUUAUUCAGUUAUAUGUUUUGUUUCUUACUGUAUUGUAAAGGAGUUUGUGGAGUGCAUAUUUGGUGUGCGUAAUUGUUUUAGUGCCUUUAAAUAGCAAUAGCAAUAAAAAAAAAAUGAAAUCUCUGCCUCAGUGUUUAAAACAAUAAUAAAAUCAUUAUUAAACCUCAACAAAUAAAAGCCCCCAACACAGAGCCAUCUUAUUAUAUAAUGAACUUAUCUACUAUAUAUUAUAUUUAACAUGUCUUUUAUUGAAAUAGAUCUUCUGUUUUUAUUGUUGUGUAUGUAUAAUUCAUUUACUAAGUCAUUACUGGCAGUCCUUCAUUCACUUGUGCAAUUUGCCAUAAACUUGGAUAUCAUUUGUAGGAAUUGGAGAAGGAGUUUUGAGUUUUACCACCGAAGAAAAUGGUGAUUCUAUUAAAUAACUCUGCAAACUGCAACACUAUUGCAUGAGAAGAGAGACAUCAAUGCACUUUGAUGGCUAGACAAGCAAGAUGAGCGUUCUGAACAAUUAACGAGUUGUGAUGAAUAUUUAACUCUUGUACCAUAUCUGGGGUAUUUUUGGACCCCUUCAUUACUAAUUUGUUAACAAUUUCCAGAAUAUUUGCAGGAUGAUUUCAGUCUUCUAGAUAUGCCUCUGUGCACUUAUUAAGCAGGAACUACCAUUUUCACAUAUUUUAUUUGUGAGUUUUAAUUAUUUAUUUUAUGAGACUGAUUUGGCCUUAGGUAUAGCCUGUUAUUUUCCCCUUUUCAUUUGAAAUAUCUUGGUAUAAACUUCAAAAAAUGUGUUCAAUACUGUCCAUAUCUGAUUUAUCUUGUAAUAAUUUUCACAAAGUAUUAUAAAUAUUUCUGAAGCAUUUACGUAUAAAACAUAUACUUAUAUAAAAACAAUUAUUUACACUCUAUGUAUUGUUGUACAUAUGUGUUUAUGACUUCCAAUAGUUGGUAAAGCUUGGGGUCCAAACAGACCCCAGGUAUAGUACUUGAUUGUAAAUUGCAGAUAUGGUACGAGGGUUAAUAUAUUAUUGUUCAAUAAUAAUAUUGUUUUGUAUCUAAAGUGAAGUUAUUAGUGUUUGAUUCCAUACCAACUCCCACAAUAUUGUGUAAUAUUUCUAACACUUUCAAAUUUGCAGUCAUGAAUAUAAAUCAUGACAUUAUUGUUUGUAUUAUUAUUGAAGAAAGAUUAUUUGAAAUAAAAGCUAAAAUAAUGGAGUAAAAUCUGUAUAAACCAGAUCCUGUACAAACCGGAAACCUCUAUAAAACGGGAACCUUUUUUUCACCUGAUUGAUUCUGGUUUUGACAGAUUUUAGUGUAAUAAUAAAGCUAAAAUCAAAUUAAACUUUCCAGCAUUAUCUAUUCAUCAUUACAAGAACAAAACAAAUUCUAAAUGAUACAUAUAAAUAAUUAUUUAUUGAUACAAUGGAAUUAUACUUUGGUAAGUUUCAGGCAGCAUCCAAAAAGUACAUCAUACAUUGGCAUGUGGAGUCCAGCAGGGAUCAAUUUUAGAUCCCAUUCUCUUCGUACUAUAUGGAAACAAUAUGCCCACGACUUGAAAUGGAAGAACAGAUCUCUUUGCAGAUGAUGUGAAUAUUCUUUGUAAUUAAGAAACCAUAAAUAGUACAAUAUCAAAUAUUUCAAAUUGGUUCCGUAAUAACAAAUUAAUAGUAAAUGAAAAUAAAACUGUUUCAAUGCAAUGUCCA